CCUUUGAAUAUAGAGCUCUGGAGUAAUUGAAUCUGCUUAUUGUCUUUUCACACUUGCUGAUUGUUAUGAGCUGAUGAUAUGAAGCUGUGACAGGCUGUUCCCUUCACAGUGUAUGAGAGACAUGUGCAAAGAAGAGGACUAUGCUUUCCUAAACAACCAGAAAAGUAGGGAAAUAGACAAGACUCCAAAGGAGAGCACAUUUCGUGAGAGGGAGUGGCAGCAGAAACAAGAAGAAAGGCUCCGCCGGAGGUUAGACCGAGAGCAGCAGGAGCAGGAGAAGCAGUGCGAGCUGGAGAAACAGAGGAGGGAGAAGGAGGAGCAAUGGAAAAGCCAUGUGGCAGGCCUGGCAUCUGAGCGUGAGUCUCUCCGUGGCAGAUUACACAGGCUACGUGAAUUCAGGGACUUUCAGAAGAGAGUGUUGAUGCAGGAUCUGGGUCUGGAGCCUGGUACAGCCAGUGAAAAUCUCACCCAACUUCUUACGAGACUGUAA